GUGUGAUGCAGUUUAAGUUACAGAUUAAACUAUAUAAACUAUAACUAUAAAAAAGAUAGUCCUAAUGGAACACAUUUCAAGCCAAGAAGCAGAUGAAAAUCCUUAUCUCUGUUUCCAGAGAACACCAUCUCUUCGUCGUAAAUGGAGAAAACGCUAUGGAGGUUUGGAUGGCAACAAAUUGCUGGAGCCGAAUAAGGAGGAGGACAUGAGAGAGAAUGGUGUGAUGACAGAUGGCCUUUCUGAAAGGAAUGCUGCCCCUGUGAAGAGUGCAGAAGCCCAGGAGACCAGUCUUGCAGAGAAUAUUUCAAACUCUGUGCCAAGAAAAGCUGUGCCAUCUCAGAGGCCUGUCAACUUUGUGGCUCCAGGAUCAACAGCUUUAUCAGCAUUUAUCAGCAAUGGUGGCACAAAAGUCCUGCAGGCAGAACCAGAGCGAAUGCUCGCUGCCCAGCCCUGGUCAAGCAUCCGCAGGACUGAGGCCCCGCACAGCCAAUCCAAGAGAAAAGUAGCUGCUGACAUGCUAUUCGACAGCUUCGCCUCCGGAGGAAGAGUCAGCACCAAUCAAUUCUUUGAGACCCUGUGGUGGUCUGGCAUUUUAAGAACUGACCCACGGAUUAAGGAUUGCUAUGCACUGAUGAAAAAACUGCAGGAUGCCGAUGGAACAGUGGACAGAAACACUUUCCAAAGGUGUGUGACAGGCUUUGUAUCUUUCAUUCUGAAAGCAGUGCAAGGCAGAUUUGUCGUUCCAGAUUUCUGUAUGUUUGCUGAAGAGACCCAGAAAUUGUUCAUUAAAUGUAAACAGCUGUCUUCAGUAGAGGAGAAGGAAGACAGAAGCAAAGCCAGUGGAAAGUGGGGGAUUUCAAUCUGCACAGUGGAUGGCCAGAGGCUCUCUCUCGGGGACUGGAAUGAGCCGUGUGUGUUGGGAGAGAUUGCCUGGCCACUUGUUUACGGACUUGCCGUGGAUCAGCUUGGAGUUGACCAUGUCCAUAGACAUGUAGGAGUGGAGGAAUAUGCAAAAUAUGAGUCCCCCUUUACCCUGAGUGAACAAGGUGUCCCUCACACUCCGCUGACAGAGACAGGAGCUAUUAUAUGUGCAUCACUGCUGCAGCAGUUAACAUUUAAGCAAUUUACAGAGGAAGAGGAAAAAUAUGAGUCGGUUUUGAAUACUGUAAGAAGAUUAUGUAACAAGGAACAUGCUAAUUUAAACUGUACAAGCUAUCAAGCCUUGAGGAAGAACAUUAUUCGCCUUCACGCACUUUCAUUUUAUCUCCAAGAAAAGAAGUGCUUUCCAGAAGCCAUUGAUAUAAAUGCUACAUUGGAUCUGCUGUUACAGUGUUUGUCUACAGAAGUCACGUGUGAGUCUGGAGCAGCGUUGGCCGCAACUUUCGCUAAUGGUGGCCUCUGCCCUAUGUCAGGUGACCAGGUCCUCUCCACUGCAGCAGUUCGCAGUACUUUGUCUAUAAUGCAAGUGGCAGGAAUGAAUGAUUAUUCCAGAAUAUUCCAUUUUAAGACAUCCAUGCCUGCCAAAUCCAGCAGCUCUGGUGUUGUGCUGAUAGUAGUUCCUGGAGUGCUGGGCAUCACUUGCUGGUCACCAGAGUUGGAUGCAUUUGGAAACUCCUGGAGGGCUGUGCAUUUCUGUGAGGAGCUGGUGUCAAUUUUUCAGCUGCACAGCUUUGAUAUCAGGACUCCGUUCAGGCAGGUGCUUUCCUACAGGCAGUGGAAAGUGGAGUCUGAGGGCUACCAAAUCAUGAACAUGCUAUUGGCUGCUUAUCGCGGGGACAUGCAAUCGUUACGGAGGUAUUUCCUCUCGGGAGCAGACGUAAAUGCUGUUGAUUAUGAUGGAAGAUCUGCACUUCAUGUGGCUGCCUCAGAGGGGCGUCUGGAGGUCAUCAAGUUUCUGUUGGAGAGCACUGGAGCCAACUGCACACUCAAGGACAGAUGGGGAAACACGGCUUUGCAGGAGGCUAUACGAUGCAAUCAAGGACCUGUUGUGCAGCUCCUCGCAAAGUACACAGACUACAAGGAAAUGUUAUAGUGCACCAAGCCUUGACAUAUAACCCCAGACAUUCUGGUUACACAUUGCAAUUACAUAUAUCCAUCCAUCCAUUAUCUGUAGCCACUUAUCCUGUCCUACAGGGUCGCAGGCAAGCUGGAGCCUAUCCUAGCUGACUAUGGGCAAGAGGCAGGGUACACCCUGGACAAGUCGCCAGGUCAUCACAGGGCUGACACAUAAACACAAACAACCAUUCAUACCUACGGUCAAUUUAGAUCCACCAAUUAGCCUAACCUGCAUGCCUUUGGACUGUGGGGGAAACCGGAGCACCUGGAGGAAACCCACACAGACAUGGGGAGAACAUGCAAACUCCACACAGAAAGGCCCUUGUCGGCCACUGGGCUCGAACCCAGGACUUUCUUGCUGUGAGGCGACAGUGCUAACUACUACACCGCCGUGCCACCCCCAAUUACAUAUAUAUAUAUAUAUAUAUAUAUAUAUAUAUAUAUUUGUUUUUGUAGUCCCUGAUUUGAGCUUUAAAUAGCUCAUGAUGUAUUUUGAUUUAGACCUUGAAUUUAAAUACAAACCUGGAUUUUGUGGGUUUGAACAGUUAAUAUAACUGAUCUGUCAUACCUUGGUGUAACUGAACAGAAGAUGCAUCUGUAGUACCUGGGCAUUAAGGAAUGUACACAUGAUUUGGUGAAUCUAGAAGUGCUGAAAGCUUGUACAGCAAAGUGGGUUCAGGAGGUCUUCUGGUAGCUCAAUUUAUUUUGCAAUUACCAAGACAUAUCCAUGAAAGCAACAUUGAUUGUUCAACAAAGAAUGUUGUCUUAUGUCUAAUAUAUCUACUUGUUAAAGGGCUUAAUGAUAAAAGCAACUGCAGUGCACUUCAGCAGAGGUGGUAAAUGUUAAGAGUAGUACACAAAGUUUCCCGUGAAACAAAAGGUUUCUGAUCUGAUUUCAUUACAGCCUCAGAAACUGCUUACACAGCUGAUGGAGGAAUUUUAUCCAAAAUGCAGAUUCCAAUAACAGUAAAGGAGAGAAACAAAAUGUCACACUUCAACUUGCAUUAUCAUGGACAGGAAGCUCUCAGAGGUUCUGCAAUGGCCAAUAGAGCACUACAUGUAGAGUGAAGCUAAUCUAGGAGACAUCUAGAAAGUGUUCAGUUCUAGUUCAGCGUAAGGAAAAGAAACCUGGCAAUACAUAACGCAUUCUAAUAAAAUGUGAUUUGAAUUGUACCCAUAACAAAUUCUGGUUACCAACAAGAGCUUGGUGAUCUUGGUGACAAGAUCUUAUUUUGUUUCAGAGAAGCAGUAUAAUAUUGUGGCAAAGCUAGCAAUGCAUUUUGCUUUAUGAUUGGAGUUUGUUAUGCAAAGUGAACA